AUUGUUGUGUUGGUCAGCCAAUCAACAAUUUACGAGAUAUUCCGUAAAGGGCGUAUACCUGCAGUGAAUCAAACUUGAAACCGGCCUCCUGUCACGACGCCAUCUUGAUGAGAUCAAAAUCGGAACUUCAAAAUCAGCUGUUUGUAACGUAAACAAACAAACAGUAAUACAUUUGUUUUAUGCGUUUACCUUGUUUAGUGCACGAAAAUUAGUGAAUUUUGGAUCGUCUCUCUCACAAUAAUUUGUCGGUUUACCUAAAAUACAGCAGACAGUGUUUUGAGACAUCAAGUGGAGAUAAUUUUCACAAUUUGAGUGUCGCGAUGAGUAUCAAAACAUCGCAGUGUUUGGGGCUUGAAACGCGAGGGGCUCAACGUAAUCGGUAUACUUUCAAAUGGCUGGUGCUCACAUACCGGUGUCAGAUGGGUGCUUGAAACAAAGAAAAUUAAACCUAUGUUCUCUUUGAUUUUUGCCAUCGAACCAAAAUAAAAAAGUAUUUUUUUAUGAAAAAAAAUUGUAUAAUACGCCCUUUUCCAAAAAAAACAUUAUCAAUAAAGUUAUGCGACUGAACUUUGCUCCGUAGUGCUUCGGACUGCGUGUUGAUUAGCUAACGGGAGGAAAAACGUCUAGUCAUCUCGUUCGGAAUGCUUCCACGGAACGUGCAAACCGUGCGACGAUUGAACGUCCUCAAACGAAUACUGACCAGCAGCAGCGGCAGCAGUAGUAGUUUCAGUUCCCAAUGGUACCGACUCAGUUCCGGUGACGCAACUAUUCGGAUAGAUGACGUCGAGAAGCAAAUCGAUUCACCCAAACAACCGGAGCUGGUUCCCAACGGAUACGUGAAAGUAGCCAAGAAUGGCGAGGCACAACUAUCGCAAACUCGUCUGCACCAUCUACGUUGGAUGCUGCAGAAGGAUAAACUGGGCCAGGAUAUGAUUCUACUCGGCAGACCGGGCAACUUGCGACGAAGUUUGAUCAUGCAGUAUUCGGAGCUAACGCGCCGUGAGGUUGAAUACAUUCUCUUGAACCGCGACACCACGGAAAGUGAUUUGAAGCAACGUCGCGAGAUCGCCGACGGGACGGCAACGUACUACAAUCAAAGUGCCGUACGUGCCGCUACCGAGGGUCGCAUUUUGGUAAUCGAAGGGGUAGAAAAAACCGAACGAAAUGUGUUGCCAAUUCUGAAUAACCUUCUGGAAAAUCGAGAGAUGCAUCUGGAAGAUGGAAGGUUUCUGAUUUCCGCCAAGAACUAUGACAGUCUGCUAGAGAGAUUUAAUAAAGAUCAGCUAGACCGAUGGGGGUUGGUACGAGUUUCAGAGGAUUUCAGAGUGAUUGCGCUUGGAUUACCGGUUCCCAAGUACAGAGGAUCGCCUCUAGAUCCUCCGUUGCGAUCACGCUUUCAAGCGAGAGAUGUCAGUGAUGCACCGUACCUUGAUAUUCUGACGGAAGUAAAAUUUUUAGCCGAAGCAAAUAGUCCGGAAGUCCUUACGAAGCUCACCUCUUUCGGGUUUAGCGUACUAUCGUCCGGCUCAACUCUUCCGGAUUUUCCAAUCGACAAUCUUCGCUACGUCGGGAUGUUAGUCAAAAACAAUCCAUUCCUUUCGGAGCACAGUUUACUCAGUAGGCUCUAUCCGUACCCAGUAUUCCUGGAAAAAGAAGGUAUCGCUCUCACGAAAUCUCUCAUGCAAUCACUGCACAUCAUUCCGGAUCAGACUCCUUCAACGAAUCUGAUCGGUGUAGAAAAAGCCGCCGGAGACACUCUUUCCGUGGAACUCAAAGUUAACAGCAAACCAGUACGGUUUCAGCUACAGAAAGGCAAAUCCCAUAUUCAGAAUCUACCGAGCACCUACAAAUCCACCAACUACCAGCAGAACCUUUUGGCCGAGCUGAUUCAAUCCAUUGCCGUGGCUGACGUGUGUUUGAUCGGUCCAAAGGGUUGUGGUAAAUCGAUCCUAGCGAGCGAACUUUGUCGGCUGCUGGAUCAGCAGGUUGAAACAAUGGUUCUGUAUCAAGACAUGACGGCACGUGAUCUGAUCCAGAAGCGUACCACUAAACUGAACGGCGAUACGGUCUGGCAGGAUUCGUCGCUUCUGCUAGCUGCUCUCAGUGGACACGUCAUAGCACUGGAUGGAAUCCAUCGGCUUCACCACAGUACGCUCGCUAUUCUACACCGAUUGGUGCACGAUCGGGAGAUGCAACUGUACGACGGCCGACGACUGAUGCGACACGAUCGCUAUGAUCGCCUUCGGGAGCAGGGUUUCACCGUAGAUGACUUAACUGAUCGAGGGAUUCUUCGAAUCGACCCGGCAUUUAGAAUCAUUGCCAUGGCUGAACCCCAUCAAAAAACGGGCACCAACUGGAUCACCUCGGAGACGCUGAAUUUGUUUUUGUUUCAUGAAAUUCGAGGUCUUAGUCAGGACGAAGAAUUUAGCGUCAUUGACUCGCUGUACGGGCCACUCGACGGCACCAUGCACCAGAUAUUGAAGGUAGCGCAGUAUUUGCGAGGUGCAACGGAUUCUACCAUGACCAAUCUGGCAAGUAAUCUUUCCACCCGGCAACUCCUACGGAUCGCGCGACGACAACACGAAUAUGGCGAUCGUCUGUCUGGGCGAUCAGCGCACAGCAUCUUGCACAAUACAUUCCUCACAAAGUUUAUGCCAAAUUUACCUAGGAGCGUUUUAGAAACGGCUCUCCGCAAGUGUGCUGUCGUACCGAAUACCGAAAAGCAACGAGACGAGCACAUUACAAUCUCCACGGAUGGUGGAGUACUGCGGAUCGGUAAGACGGAAGUACCGAUCUAUCAAACGGAAGCCGUUAGCAAAGUGCCUGAUAUUGUCUUCUACAAUGUGCCGCAGCACGUGGCACUGAUGGAGCGACUUUUGCAAGAUUUCACCCUCGGAGAACAUCUGCUACUGGUCGGUAAUCAAGGAGUCGGCAAGAACAAGAUCGCCGAUCGUUUGCUUCAGCUGAUGAAUCGUCCACGGGAAUACAUUCAGCUGCACCGGGAUACCACCGUUCAGUCGUUGACGUUACAGGCAAGCAUUCGCGACCGUAUCAUCAUCUAUGAGGACUCUCCGUUGGUGAAGGCCGUCAAAAAUGGACAUGUGCUGGUGGUAGAUGAAGCCGAUAAAGCUCCGAUCCAUGUUACCUGCAUCCUGAAGACAUUAGUUGAAAAUGGCGAGAUGAUGCUUUCUGAUGGUCGCAAAAUAUGUCCACCUGUUAGGGGACCAGGUCCCACAAGUGCCGCGAACGAUCAACUCAUCUACACUCACCCCGACUUCCGGAUGAUCGUGCUUGCCAAUCGACCGGGAUUUCCCUUCCUAGGGAACGAUUUCUUUGCCGCACUGGGAGACCUUUUCUCGUGCCACGCGGUCGAUAAUCCAUCUCCCAAUUCGGAAAUCUACCUUCUGAAACAGUACGGUCCGGAUGUUCCGGAGAAUACCAUCCGCCAGUUGGUGGAUGCUUUCUCCGAACUUCGUGAUAUGGCCGAUAGUGGAAUCCUAAAUUAUCCGUACAGCACGCGUGAGGUGGUUAAUAUCGUAAAACAUCUGCAAAAGUAUCCCGGAGAUGACAUGGCUGAGUUGGUCGGAAACGUGCUUGACUACGAUCGGCACACCCCGGAGACACUGGAUCAGGUAACGAAUGUUCUGUUGAAGCAUGGACUGCAGAUAGGUCCGUACGCAAAGAACGAACUGGCUGCGUUGCGGCGCCAACGGGAAAUUCAGAUGACAAUCAAGAGUAACAGUGGCAAGGACGUUUCCGGUCCAAAGCACGGAAAGGUCGAUCCGAACAAUGAUCCUCACGUCGGUGGGAAUACCUGGGCUGGUGGUACCGGCGGUCGAGAUACGGCCGGUUUGGGAGGGAAGGGAGGUCCGUACCGGUUGGAUGCCGGACAUAAGGUCCAUCAACUGUCGGAUGCUGAGAAGGACGAUAUUCCGGAACAUGUCAAACAGGCGGCCCGUGACAUGAACCGGAAGGCAUUCGAGGCAAAACUGAAGGAAAUCCAAAUGAGUCAGUAUGACCACAAGGUUUACAUGGAAUUUAGCGGGCCGGUGCAGAAACAGGUGCAACAGUUGCGGGUUAUUUUACAAGCGCUACAAGCGAAAAGCAAGGAACGACAGUGGCAGAAACAUCAAACUUCCGGUGAGAUGGACGAUACAAAGUUGGUGGAAGGGAUCACCGGGGAAAAAAAUAUCUACAAGAAGCGAAUCGAGCAGGAUCCAGAACCGGGUCAACCCCAGGAAAAGCCGAAACGACUUAAGUUGGUGGUCGACGUGUCCGGUUCGAUGUAUCGCUUCAACGGUUACGAUGGCCGAUUGGAUCGACAGAUGGAAGCCGUGGUGAUGGUGAUGGAGGCGUUUGAUGGGUUUGAGACUAAAAUUAAGUACGACGUUGUCGGUCAUAGCGGUGAAGCCGUAGAGAUUCCCUUCAUCAACGUGAACAACGUACCGAAGGACGACAAACGGCGGCUGGAUACGAUCAAGAUGAUGCACGCUCACUCGCAGUUCUGCUGGAGUGGUGAUCAUACGUUGGCAGCGACACGGAAAGCGGUAGACGAUAUGGCCAAAGAGGACUGCGAUGAGGCAAUCGUGGUGGUACUGAGCGAUGCCAAUCUUUCGCGUUACGGAAUUUCCCCGCGGAACCUGAACGACGAACUGCAGAAGCAAUCACCGAAGGUACAGGGUUACGUGAUCUUCAUCGGAAGCCUGGGCGACGAGGCGCAGCUGAUCGCCAACAACAUGACGGCCGGGAAGAGCUUUGUGUGUAUGAACCUCGAACAGUUACCACAAAUUUUGAAACAGAUUUUUGCCGCCUGCGUGCUCCAGUGAGCAAGCUGAAACCGUUUUUUGCUGGGUGCUUUGUUUAUAUAGAUUUAGGCGUAAUUUGUUAUGCAUUUAUAAACAUUUUCUGUUAUAGUUGUGUAAAGAAAGGAUUUAUAUAUCAUUUGACAAUAAUAGUAAAAUCUGAAAAGGAUUUUUUUUCAAAUAA